GCAGUCAUUUACGUGCCGGUAUAGGUGCAAUACACAGUACCGUACUAAGACAUUCAUAUCAAGGCAGGCUUAAUUUCCUAAUCAAUGGCUCGUUGGGCGAAGCCCGAGGUGUACCCUCUAAUGGCUGCGAUGACGUUCGUGACGGGCAUGUGCGUGUUCCAGCUCACAAGAAACAUCAUCCUCAACCCCGACGUCAGGAUCAACAAGACAAAUCGCACCACCGCAGUCCCUGACAACGCCGAAGAAGGCGAAAAGUACAGCCAACACAGCUUGCGCAAAUUCCUCAGCAGCCGACGCCCGGAGGUGAUGCCGGCACUCAACAGCUUCUUCUCCAGCAGUGAAAAAUAAUCGGCAUACAGCCAUGAAAAGAUAAAUUUAUGGCAGCAGUUUUAAUAAUAUCGUGUUCGCCAGUUCUGCCUCCCCAUCUCAGAGUCCCAUUUAAAUUCAAUGUUAGAUUCAGAAUUUGUUUUUUGAAUAAUGUAAUCUGAUAUAAAAUAAAGAAAACAAAAUUGUGUAUGUAUUUAUCUUUGACCAAA